AAAUUUAAAAAACACAGUACUAAAUACUUUAGUAAAGGUUUUAAAAUCUGUCAAGUUAAGCAUAAGCAUAAUAACCGCCACAUAUCAAUUGGGAUUUUCUGGCAAUUCCCAUCACCGCUUCCGACACAAUGACCAUGAGCAUGAGCUACUGUGGCAGUUACAGUCUUCGGCUUCAACCUUGCAGAAUUGCAAACUGCAAUCUUGACCGCCAUGGCAGGCAUGUUGUUCCCAUCAAUGUGCACAAAAAAGCUUCAGAACCUGAAAAUUGUCUUCAGUCAGAUUGGAAGAGUAAUGGUAAUAACAUCAGGACAUUCAUUGGUGCCAUGACAGCGGCAAACUUGGUUGCUCCAAUCGCUGCAAAAGCAGAAGUGGCUGCUUCUUUUUAUGAUUUGGCUGAUGGAAGCAUCAAUGACUGGUUUGGAGGCAUUCUAUAUUCAGCUGGACAACAGGCCAAUGAAGCUGUUCUCGACCAACUGUCCUCCCUCAGUUUCACUAGUUUGGCAGUAAUUUUUGGGGCAGGGCUUGUUACCAGCCUUUCUCCCUGUACACUCAGUGUUUUACCACUGACCCUCGGCUACAUUGGGGCAUUUGGCUCUGGAAAAAGCAGAGCAGAGGUUAUUGGAGAUUCCAUUGCAUUUUCCUUAGGUCUUGCAACCACAUUAGCGCUGUUGGGUGUAGCAGCAUCAUUUGCGGGGAAGGCUUAUGGGCAGAUUGGCCAAGGAUUACCUUUGGCUGCUUCUGGUUUGGCUGUAAUUAUGGGUCUGAACCUUCUUGAGAUCAUUGAAUUACAACUUCCCUCAUUCUUCGACAGUUUUGAUCCACGUUCAGUGGCUGCCAAUUUACCUUCCAGUGUGCAAGCAUACCUGGCUGGGCUUACGUUUGCAUUAGCUGCCUCACCUUGUAGUACACCUGUUCUUGCCACCCUUCUUGGAUAUGUCGCUGCAUCCAAGGAUCCAGUGAUUGGAGGCAGCUUACUUUUGACAUACACAACUGGCUAUAUUGCUCCCUUACUCUUGGCUGCUUCUUUUGCGGGAGCGUUACAGAGCUUGCUUUCAUUUCGCAAGUACUCAGCAUGGAUCAAUCCUAUCAGCGGAGCUAUGCUGUUAGGAGGUGGUGUAUAUACUUUCUUAGAUAAGCUGUUCCCAGCCACUACUAUGGCGAUGUAGAAAAUCUCUUGGGCUCUUGACAUGCCUUGUUCUUUUACUUGAACAGAUGUGUACAUAUCAUACUACUAUUCCAUUGACACGGAAAUUCAAAUAUGAAAUCUAUUGCAUACCACAGCUGGAGUUCUUCCUCCAGAUACACAUAGAUCCAAUGGGGGGCUUUUGGAGGGAAAAAAUUCAUUCUCCACGAAGAAGGAAAAUUAAGCCAAAUCAUUUAUUUAGACAUUUUUCUAAUGUCAAUAUUUUAGGUGAGAUUCAUCCUCAAUACUUCAAAUCUAUGUGAUCUUCUUAUAAACAUAAUUACAAUUCAUAAAAACAUAAUUAAACUUUAUUUCAUCUCCUAAGAGCCCCUAUUUAUUUUACAA